CCGAUCGGUUGGCCUUCGGCUGUCUCCUGUCAGUGCAGCGGCGCGCGCACCAGAGCAGCACAGCGACCCUCGCACCCGCACCCACAGCACCUCCGAUCCACCUGAACCAGCAACUUUCACGAUGGCCGAAACGGCGCAGAUCUCCCAGGAUGAGAUGGAGGACCUUCGGGAGGCCUUCUCCAAGAUUGAUGUAGACUCUCAUGGUUACAUCGGCACCGAUGACCUCAACGACCUCUUCAAGGCGGCUAACCUGCCGCUGCCUGGGUACAGGAUCAGGGAGAUCAUCCAGGACCUCACCUCAACCGGCGCUCAGCAUGAGGGCAAGGUCACCUUCGACGAAUUCAUCAGUGUGGUCCGGGGGCUGAAGAGCUCCGAGGUGGCCAAGACAUUCCGCAAAGCCAUCAACAAGAAGGAGGGCAUCUGCGCCGUGGCAGGAACGUCGGAGCAGUCGGGCACCCAGCACUCCUACUCAGAGGAGGAGAAGGUGGCCUUUGCAAACUGGGUGAACAAAGCCCUGGAGAAAGAUCCCGACUGCAAGCACAUCCUGCCCAUAGACCCCAGCACGAACGACCUCUUCAAGGCUAUGGGAGAUGGAAUCAUCCUGUGCAAGAUGAUCAACCUGUCCGUGCCCGACACCAUCGACGAGAGGACCAUCAACAAGAAGAAACUCACACCUUUCACCAUUCAGGAAAAUCUGAACCUGGCGCUGAACUCUGCAUCUGCCAUCGGCUGUCACGUGGUGAACAUCGGGGCGGAGGACCUGAAAGAGGGCAGGCAGCACUUGGUCCUGGGCCUGCUGUGGCAGAUCAUCAAGAUCGGCCUCUUCGCCGACAUUGAGAUCAGCAGGAACGAGGCCCUGGUUGCUCUGCUGAGAGAUGGCGAGAGCCUGGAGGACCUCAUGAAGCUCUCUCCCGAGGAGCUACUGCUGCGCUGGGCCAACUACCAUCUGGAGAAUGCCGGCUGCCCCAAGAUCAACAAUUUCAGCUCCGACAUCAAGGACUCAAAGGCCUAUUACAACCUCCUGAACCAAGUGGCCCCCAAGGGUGAUGAGGAGGGAAUCCCUGCCAUCACCAUCGACAUGUCGGGAAUAAGGGAGAAGGAAGACCUGAAGCGUGCGGAGUGCAUGCUGGACCAGGCCGACCGCCUGGGCUGCCGGCAGUUUGUCACGGCGACCGAUGUCAUCCGCGGCAACCCCAAGCUGAACCUGGCCUUUAUCGCCAACCUGUUCAACACAUACCCAGCCCUGAAGAAGCCAGAGAACCAGGACAUCGACUGGAGCUCCAUUGAGGGUGAGACCAGAGAAGAGAGAACGUUCAGGAACUGGAUGAACUCGCUGGGCGUCAACCCUCGCGUGAACCACCUCUACGUAGAUCUGGCUGACGCCAUGGUCAUCUUCCAGCUCUACGAGAAGAUCAAGGUGCCGGUGGACUGGAGCCGCGUGAACAAACCGCCAUACCCGAAACUGGGUGGCAACAUGAAGAAGCUGGAGAACUGCAACUAUGCCGUCGACCUGGGCAAGAACCAAGCCAAGUUCUCACUGGUGGGCAUCGCCGGGCAGGACCUGAACGAGGGCAACCGCACGCUCACCCUGGCCCUGCUAUGGCAGCUCAUGAGGAGGUACACACUGAACAUCCUAGAAGAUCUGGGCGAUGGGCAGAAGGUGACCGAUGAUACCAUCGUCACCUGGGUAAACGACACACUGACACAGGCGGGCAAAGGCACCAUCACUGGGUUCAAGGACGGAUCCAUCAGCACCAGCAUGCCGGUCCUGGACCUGAUUGAUGCCAUCCAGCCCGGCUGCAUCCGCUACGACCUGGUGAAGACCGAUGACUUGUCAGACGAGGAGAAGCUCAACAACGCCAAGUACGCCAUCUCCAUGGCGAGGAAGAUCGGGACUCGAGUCUACGCCCUGCCGGAGGACCUGGUGGAGGUCAAGCCCAAGAUGGUGAUGACGGUGUUUGCCUGCCUGAUGGCAAGGGGCAUGAAGCGGGUGUGAGGGAGUGGCCACAUUGCACAUGGACAACACCUGACUUUGCCUACUUCAGUGCAGGCCCUUUGCCAAACACACAGACACACACAGACACACACAGACACACACACACACAGACACACACACACACACACACACAGAGAGCCAGGGAGGACAAAAGGCUGCCAGUAUGCCAGUGCUUGGGUUCCAGCGAAGGCCUUUCAGCUCACUUCUGAUCAUGGCUGCCCGCUGCAAUGAUUCAGCCUGUUUGCAUGCAUAUCUGUUUCCCAUAUUUGAGUCACUGAAAUAAAAGUGACACUCGCUGUUUAUUCUUAUCUAGUAUUCAUGCGGAUUGUUGUCAGUUGCUUUUCUCCAGGGCUAAUAAAAUGUGAUCACUUUUGGUUGUUUUUACGAUUGGAACCUUGCCAACUAAUAAAUUUUUUUCUUACAAAUGA